GGCACAGAGGUGGGAGGACAACAAACUGACUGAACUUUCUUUUUCAUUUUUUGUAUCUGUUUUGUUUUUUCCUUCCUCUCCAUCCACAGGAGUGAAAGGACGUGUCUGAAAUGGAUCUGCCACGGGAAAAAUGUAAGGACGAGAACACAAGGGUGAACAUGGAGGGCCCGACGCUGACUUUCCAGAACAUCAGUUAUGCCGUGAGAGAGUCCAGAGGGCCGUGCCGAAAGACGGGACCUGAGCGAGAGAUCCUUAAAAACGUCAGUGGCAUCAUGACGACGGGGCUUAAUGCCAUCAUGGGUGCAACUGGAAGCGGCAAAACAUCGUUGUUGGAUGUGAUUGCCGGCAGGAAGGAUCCGCGCGGACUGAGAUCUGGUCAGGUCUUGGUCGACAACAAGCCGGUCACUUCUGAACUGCGUCUCAUGUCCGCUUAUGUUGUGCAGGAUGACGUUCUGAUGGGCACCCUAACCGUCCGAGAGAACCUCUUGUUUUCGGCCAACCUGCGCCUGCCGCGCCAGCAAUACUCUGCCGCCGACAAACAAAAGAAAGUGGCGAGCAUUAUCAUCGAGCUCGGACUGGAGGACUGCGCCAACACCAAGAUAGGUACAGAGUUUCUAAGAGGCGUGUCCGGUGGAGAAAGGAAGCGUUGUAGUAUAGGAAUGGAGCUUAUUACUUCUCCAUCGCUACUGUUUCUGGAUGAACCGACUACGGGACUGGACUCCAACACGGCCAACAGCAUCAUGGCCCUUUUACACAGACUAUCUCGCACUGGUAAGACCAUUAUCUUCUCCAUCCACCAGCCACGCUACUCCAUCUUCAGACUGUUCCACCACCUGACUCUACUGCACAAAGGAGAGACCGUCUACGCUGGACCUGCCAAUGAAGCUAUUCAGUACUUUAACGGCAUCGGUUAUGAGUGUGAAGCUUUCAACAACCCAGCAGAUUUCUUUCUGGACAUCACAAAUGGGGAGAUUUCUGCUUCAGUUCCAACAGAGAAAACGCUGGCUGAUCUUUAUAGAGACUCUCAGUAUUACGCUGCACUGACUGAAGAGCUAAAGCUAAUUACACUUCCAGACUUUACCACCACAGGAAAUGGAUUAGAACCAUCAUACGCCACAUCCUUUCUCUAUCAGUUAAAGAUAGUGUCAUGGAGGUUGGCGUUGAACUUGGUGAGGAACCCACAGACCUCUUACGCUCAGACGUUGCUUAACAUCUUCUUUGCAUUGCUAGUGGGUCUCAUCUAUUUUCAGAUGCCUCACACACUACCUGAAGGUCUGCAGAACAGAAUCGGAGCGUUCUUCUUCCUCACCAUCAACAUGGUGUUUGCCAACUUAUCAGCAGUGGAGCUUUUCAUCAAUGAGAGGGUUCUGUUCAUUCACGAGAAUUCGGGCGGGUAUUACCGAACCUCUGUCUACUUCCUGUCCAAGGUCUUUAUAGAUCUGAUUCCAAACCGCAUCAUACCCAUCUUUGUUUUCUCUGCCAUCUCCUAUUACAUGAUGGGCCUGAAGCCGGGGAUCGUAGCGUUUCUGUGUUUCGUGUUGUCGAUGUCUCUGGUGAGUCUGGCCGCGGUAGGUCUGGCCUUCCUGGUCAGUGCCAGCGUGAGCUCUUUCGCCAUGGCCAACAUCCUCAUCGCCCUGCCAUUCAUCUUCAUGAUGGUGUUUGGAGGCUUCCUGGUGAACCUGAACUCCAUGCUGUCCUGGCUCUCCUGGCUCAAGUGGAUCAGCAUCUUUCGAUACGGACUGAACGCUGUAACCAUCAAUGAAAUGACAGGACAAGUCUUUCACGAUAACUUCACCAUUUUUACAGGAGAAAUGUACCUGAAAGUCCAGGGCAUCGACUACAGUGUCUGGGGAUUCUGGCAGAAUCUUGUAGCACUGCUGGGCAUCAUGGUGGCAUGUAUGAGUCUGUCCUAUGUGCAGCUCCGCAGGAUCAAUAGAUGGAAAUGACACGACACACACACACACACACACACACACACACACACACACACACACACACACACACAUUUACUUGAUGGAAUUACGCCACCUCGUGGCAAAUCAGAGGAAACAUUGUUUAUUAAUAUUUUUGUAUUAUUUUAUUUCACAUCAUCUGCGUUAUCCUGGCCAGGGUCGUGGCGGGACCGGACGCAAGGCAGGAAUCUCCUGGACAGGAAGCCAAUCAAUUUCAGGACCUCCGUUACCCCUGUCACCCCUUAGACAUAGCCAAUCAUGUCUGUGUAAAUGCCCAGCUGGCCGUGUGGCAGGCUGUAAACACAAUAUAUAUAUUAGAGGACAUGCCCCCCCUCCCCAAUUUCUGGACUUGCGUUACCCCUGUCACCGCUUAGACAUAGCCAAUCAUAUCUGUGUAGAUCCCCGGCUGGUCGUGUGGUAGGCUGUAAACACAAUAUAUAUAUUGGAGGACAUGCCCCCCACCCCCCAAUUUUAGGACCUCCGUUAUCCCUGUCACCCCUUAGACAUAGCCAAUCAUGUCUGUGUAGAUGCCCGGCUGGCCGUGUGGUGUGCUCUAAACACAAUAUAUAUUGGAGGACAUGCCCCCCACCCCCCAAUUUUAGUACCUCCGGUACCCCUGUCACCCCUUAGACAUAGCCAAUCAUGUCUGUGUAGAUGCCCGGCUGGCCGUGUGGUGUGCUCUAAACACAAUAUAUUUAUAUAUUGGAGGACUUCCAUUACCCCUGUCACCUCUUAGACAUAGCCAAUCAUGUCUGUGUAGAUGCCCAACUGGUCGUGUGGUGUGCUCUAAACACAAUAUAUAUUGGAGGACAUGCCCCCCACCCCCCAAUUUUAGGACCUCCGGUACCCCUGUCACCCCUUAGACAUAGCCAAUCAUGUCUGUGUAGAUGCCCGGCUGGCCGUAUAGUGUGCUCUAAACACAAUAUAUAUAUUGGAGGACUUCAGUUACCCCUGUCACCCCCAGACAUGCCAAUUAUGUCUGUGUAGAUGCCCGGUUGGUCGUGUGGUGGGAUGUAAAUAUAUAUUGAAAGACUGCCCCCCCAUUUUAUGACUUCUGUUGCCCCUGUCACCCCUUAGACAUAGCCAAUCAUGUCUGUGUAGAUGUCGUUGUGGUGGGCUGUAAACACAAAAUACAGAGUAACCCACCACGUAUUAUUCAGAUAACUUUUAGAGAUUUGGAGAUUUGAUAACAGUAUAGUAUUACAUGCUAAAUGCUAAUGGAAAAACCUGGGCAAGUACAGGAGAUAAACAGCCUCACUGCUGCCAUCACAACUUUGUAAACACAACUGUUUUUUAGCUGGCUAGUGAUGCUGUAUUCUGUAUAUCAUCUUUAUGCUGGUUAAUUUAAUAAUUUUAUGUUUUUAAUGGAAUUGUAAGCACAAUAUUUUAAUAAAAUCUUUGUUAAUCAAA